AUGUUGGUCCUGGUGAUUGGCGAUCUUCACAUCCCUUUCCGCGCACACGACCUACCAGCCAAAUUCAAGAAGCUGCUCGUACCCGGCAAGAUCCAGCAGAUCAUCUGCACUGGCAACGUUUGCAACACCGACUACCUGCACUAUCUGCGCACCAUCGCAGGCGAUGUUCAUCUCGUCAAGGGUGACUACGAUGACAACCCGCACUUUCCAUCGAGCCUGAUCCUCAACCAUCCGCCAUUGCGCAUCGGUGUGCUGCAUGGGCAUCAAAUCGUCCCAGCCGGCGAUACACAGUCGCUCGCUGCGGCGGCGAGGGCCAUGGAUGUCGACAUCUUGCUCACCGGUCACACGCAUCGAUUCGAGGCGUUCGAGCUCGAGGGCCGCUUCUUCGUCAACCCCGGCAGCGCCACCGGUGCCUGGCAUCCUACAUGGCCGUUGAGAGAUCCCGCCUCGGUAGCUGCAUUGGCCGAGAAGGCAGCCGCCAAGGCGAAAGAGGAUGCUGCAUCUGCCGACAAGAAGGCAGACGACCCGAAAGCAAAGAAGGGUGUAAAGGCGUCGGACAACAACAAGACAGAAGAUGCGGCAAAGGACAAGGCAUCCGAAUCAAAGGAUUCCGUCAAGGAAGGCGAGCAUAAGAAGGGAGGCGAAAUCGAAGAAGAAGAAGCAAAAGAAGCAGCAGCACCUGUGCCCAGCUUUGCCCUGCUCGACAUCCAGGGUGCUGUGGUAGUCACGUACGUCUACCAACUCAUCGACGGCGACGUCAAGGUGGAGAAGAUUGAGUACCGAAAGAAUGUCGACAGCACUUCGUUGGCGUUGCAGCGCGGUGCUGCUGGCAACGCCACUGCUGUAGGUGCUUCAGCUGGAGGGCACGGUCAGUAUGGCGGACGUUAG